AUGCCAUCCAAGUCAGAGCCCAUUAUCAUCGUUGGUGCCGGCGCCUUUGGCCUCAGUCUGGCCCAUGAACUUGCCGCCAACAGGGGCUACACGGACGUGACCGUCCUCGACCGCCAUCUCCCGCCCGUCCCCGACGGCAGCAGCGUCGACGUCUCGCGUGUCAUUCGUUCGGAGUACGCAGAUCCCCUGUACGCCUCCCUAGGUCGCGAGGCGAUUGAGAAGUGGGCUUCUCCAGAAUGGAGCGAACAUUACCACGAGGCGGGAUUCCUCAUCUUCGCCAAUGGACAGGGCCACCCUUACUUUGACGCAUGUCUGCAAGCGGCAGCGGGCCGCAAACUCUUCAGCGGGGAUCAGAUCGACGCAGACAUCAACCAGCUCUAUCCGACAGUCAAUGCUAUGACCGCGGGCAAGGUGGCCAUGGACAGUCCACAGGGUGGCUGGGCACAUGCGAAGAACGCCAUCGCCGGUUUGGCGGAGAGGGCAAGCCAGGCUGGAGUCACGUUCAUCACUGGGUCUCGCGGGAAAGUCGUUGAGCUUCUCCAGGAAGGGAACAAAGUACAAGGGGUACGGACAGCAGGGGGAGCCACUCUGAGUGCACCAACUGUGGUUCUGGCGACUGGCGCCUGGACAAAUCGCUUCAUGCCGAAGCUCGAGCACAAUCUAUCUGCGACGGGACAGGUGCUUGGUUUCAUUCAGCUUACUCCCGAAGAGGUGCAGCGUUACAAGGACGUGCCCGUCAUGAUUAACCUGAGCACGGGUGUCUUUACGUUUCCUCCCACACCCGACACGCAUCAGAUCAAGAUCGCCAGGCACGGCUACGGAUACCAGUCAAGCAUGAGGGCAUCAGACGACCGAGCCAUCUCUUCUCCCCGCGAUUCUCUCACCAAGUAUAUUCCACGCGAGGCGGCAGAAGCGCUGCAGCACGGGAUAGCAGAGUUUUAUCCAGAGUUUGCCGGUCGACCCUGGUGCAACACGAGGCUUUGCUGGUACAUGGACACACCAGACGGUGAUUUCCUGGCAGACUACCAUCCCGAUAUCGAGGGUCUUUUCUUCGCAACUGGGGGUUCGGGACAUGCCUUUAAGUUUCUGCCGGUCCUCGGCCGCCACGUCGCCGACUGUUUCGAGAGAAAAGCGCAUCCGGAUCUGCAGAAGAAGUGGAAAUUCCACACUGUUACUGAGCGUCCUCGGACGUUGGUGAUGGGGUCCGACGGGAGCCGUGGAGGUCCACCGCUGCGUAAGCUCAGCGACGCAGAGCAGGCCAAACUAUGA